GCGAGGUGCGGGCCCAUGUGGCCGCCGUGCCGUGCUAUGCCGUGCCGUGCAGCGUCGCGCAGCCCGGCCGGAGCAUGUGCAGCUGCGGCAGGCACCUGGCAGGGAGCCGCAGCGCCGGGGAUGUGAACCAGGCGGGGAGGAAGGCCCUUGACUCAUCAGAUAAAUCCAGCCCCGCACAGAGAGCGAAGGCGGAGGAGGCGAGGCGGCGGCACUACUACUGCUGCUAGCAGGGGAGGAUGGCGGGGGACAGCGAGCAGAGGUUGGAGGAGCACGGGCAGCCCAGCGGCGGCGAGCCCUUCCUCAUCGGGGUCAGCGGCGGCACGGCCAGCGGCAAGUCCUCAGUAUGCUCCAAGAUUGUCCAGCUGCUGGGCCAGAACGAGGUGGACUACCGCCAGAAGCAAGUGGUGAUCGUGAGCCAAGACAGCUUCUACCGGGUCCUCACCUCAGAGCAGAAAUCCAAAGCGCUCAAAGGCCAGUUCAAUUUUGACCACCCAGAUGCCUUUGACAACGAGCUGAUCGUGAAAACGCUCAAAGAGAUCACGGAAGGGAAGACGGUCCAGAUUCCUGUCUAUGACUUUGUCUCCCACUCCAGGAAAGAGGAGACGGUGACAGUGUACCCUGCCGACGUGGUGCUCUUCGAAGGCAUCCUGGCCUUCUACAGCCAGGAGGUGCGGGAUCUCUUCCGCAUGAAGCUCUUUGUGGACACGGACGCAGAUACCCGGCUGUCCCGCAGAGUGCUACGAGACAUCAGCGAGCGAGGCAGGGACCUCGAGCAGAUCUUAUCUCAGUACAUCACCUUCGUCAAGCCUGCCUUCGAGGAGUUCUGUUUGCCAACCAAGAAGUAUGCUGACGUGAUCAUUCCCAGAGGAGCAGAUAAUGAAGUGGCCAUAAACCUGAUAGUGCAGCACAUCCAGGACAUUCUUAACGGAGGACUCAGCAAACGCCAGAGCAACGGCUACCUGAAUGGCUACACUCCUCCCCGCCAGCGGCAGCCCUCAGAGUCCAGCAGCCGGCCUCACUGACCCUGGGCGGCAGGCGUGAGGCUGGGGGCGGAGGGCGCUCGGGCCCUGCCACUGCCCCUCUGUACAUACUGUCCGUUCAUUCCCCCCUUAUCUAUUUAAGAAACCAGACGGAGACGAAUGCCUUUAAUUUUGUAUGUUGGAAAUGCCGAAUGAGAAGCAGCCGGCUGCUCGGGAGCCUGGACCGCCCACAGCUCCUGGCCUUGCUCAAUAACUCCUCCAGCACGGAACCGGCUAUAAAUCUCUAUAAAUACAGAAUUGCUCUAUUUUUGUGUAAAUGCAGAAUAACGUAAAAUUACUUGCCAUAAGGUAUUUGCCAGGCUCGGUGUUGCUGGGAGGGGGGCUGGGAAGAGGGUCCUGGGAGAUGUUGGUGUCAGGAUCCUCACCUCAAAGGCGGUAAGGAAGGAAGAGCAUUUGACAACCGCUUUAGUAUUGCAGUGAUCUCCAUCCUGGGGAAGGGACAGGCUGUGGUGGAGGUGGCAGCUUGAGUGUGGCAUGGAUUUUGUGACUAGGCUGGAGUUGCCUCCUCCUGCUGUCGCUGUUGAGGUCUGAGCAGCCCGGUUUUGGCUGGCAGGCACUGCACAAUGCCACUGGGAGCUCGGAGAAUGACGUGUAAUACCUCUCCUGACUGUCUCUGCACCUCCAGGUCUCGGGCCCGCAACAGCAUCCCUUUCUGUGUCUGACACCCCUUCCCACCACAGGUGGAAGGUCUGCUGUCACAUCCUCCAAUAAGGACCUGGUAGGUGAUGCUGAGUAUGUGAUCAUAUAAACAUGGCAGCUUGUGUCUAGCAGUCUCACUGCCUGGCUUGGGUGGGGAUGGUGCGUGGAUGAUACCUUCAGCCUCUCUGGAGCUCGGUGGCCACGUGUGUGGUGGGACUCCUAGCCAAGCCCUGGGCUCAACCCUAAGCCCAGAAGGUGAGAAGGCGUGUCCAUCAGUGCUCACUUGGAAUGGUUUUGCUCUUGGAUGAGGGAUGUUGGCUCUGUAAGAUAUGGUUAAGGGAGAACCAGCCUCUUCUGAAAAAAAAGGGCAAUGGAUGAGGAAAGGCAGCUGCUGAGCAGCCUGUCUGAGCAGAGGCAGCAGUGUGUAGCGGUCCCUGGGCUGCCCAACGUCCCCUUAUGGGACAUCCACAGGUCCCAGCUGAGUAGCAUGAAACUGGAUGCCCAGGAGUCCUCUGCUCCCCUUUUUUCAGAGCAUGCUCUUGCCUGGCCUGUGUUCCUUUCAUUGCGUCCUGGUGGAGGACAUGGUGUCCCUGCAGUGUGUUGUCCCAGGGAGUGCUUUCACUUUCCCAGGGUGAGAAUUAGGCUCCCCUAACCUGGUAGUGCUGCAACAGCCGUGUCCCAGCAGAGCCUGGCGGGGCUGUACUGCAGGUUUGGGGAUGCCUGGAGAGCAAGGUGGGGCAGCUGGGCUGGGGCAGGGGUUUGGUGGGAGCCAGGGAAGGGGAUGUGGUAGGAUGGUAGCCAGGAAAAAUCCUUUGGCCCAUGCUGCUGGGACUGACUUGCCCCACCAAUAACGAACUUUCACAGGCAUCCCACAAAGCCUGGAGCAGGGACCCUUAGCCUUGCUCCCUCUGAUUAUUUUCAGCCUUUCAGAGCGUUGUUUUUGCUCUGCAUAGUUAAAAGCUUAAGACCUUAGACACUCAAUGCUCCAUUGCUCUCCAGCCCUGUGUGAGCUGAGAGAGCUUUGAUUUUUUUAACAAAGAAAACAAGAAAGGAAACACCUCCCUCAGCGACUGCUGCCAGGGCAAACUUGUUCUCUCUUGAUCUGUGAUGGGGGCACAUGGCAGCCCUUUAUCCCCCUCCCUGUCUGCAGACACUCCCCGAGGCAUGUCAGCUUUGCCAUAAUCAAGGGCUGGCACUGCCUAAUUCUAGGUACAGCCAUAGGUAAGAGGGACUGAAGCCCUGCAGCACUGGUGAAGCUUCUCAGGUCUUAAGGAGCCAAGACAGCUCUCCAGAUGAAAUACUGGCCUCCUUUCCCCUGUAAAUAAAGACAGAAUAAAUGCA